AUGAAGCGUGAAAAGAAGACGCCGACCAAAGUGAAAUCACGAAAAAUUUCAACCAGCAGUAGCAGCAGUUCCAGUGUUGACCAAAGUCAACCGGAAUCAAAUGUUGUCGCAGCGAAACAACAAAAACAACCGAAAGAAACCCGAGUAUUGGUAGAGGAAAGUAAUCAAAGUGCCAACAAAAAUCAAGCCAAUGUCACAGUUCGCCUUGAAAAUGCUGAUUCGCUGGCAAAGUACCGCAACAAAUACCCUCAUAUUCAAAUCGAAAAUCCAAAGACAACGACAAACUUCGCAGCCGACGAGAUCAGUGACGAUGACGAGAUUUGGCUGUUUGAUGUGCCGGCGACGAUUGAUGUCAAAAAACUCAUUGGGAAAUCCAUAAAAUUGGGCAGCAAAAAGUCCACAAUAAAAACCGAUGACGAUGAAAUCGAAUACAAUUCAACGAAAAUUGAUAAAGAUGAUUAUCAAAAUACGCUAUCGGUGGUAUUCCAAAACAAAGAUGCACAAUUUUCGAUAAAGAACAUCAAACCGGUCGGUCGAGUGCAGUUCCAUCAAAAAAUUGACGAUACCGAUGAGCCAGUUGAAUUAACGCCGAGCGGUCGCCACCCAUGCACAAUAUUCCCCGAAAAUUUGAAAGUGCGUCAUCCACUUCUGGGCCAUCAAUUCGAAGAUAAAAUUAAACUAAGCAAAACAAUCAAAGAGAAAUUGAUGGAAGCGAAAACGGUGUCUGAACAAGAGUCACUGCCAAGUGUACGUGCAAAGCAAGAGAAGGAAGAAAAUCGCACCAGUUCACAGAUAUCGCCGAAAAAAUCGAAAAAACGAAAAGCUGAAUCGGCCGAUGACACAGUCGCCCAAAAGAAACUGAAGGAGGAUAUCAAAAUGGAGAAUGGACACGACGAUGAUUUAGCGAUGAUUAAGCAGAUUUUUGCAAAAAAUACAUAAAAUUCAAGCGAUAUUGAAUUGAAACGCCAAUCACUUAUUGAAUUUUGGUAGAAAAAUUCCCUAAAAAUUAAUUACAGUAUCGAAAUGUAUAAUUAAAUAGAAAA